UCUCUGCUUCUACCAGUCGUGCAAAGCCGGCCCUCAUCCUUUUCCCGCACCCACCGCAGUUGGACAAUUAGAGGGUCUCCGUGCGGCAAAGAGAAUCGCUAUCUCCUUCUUUCUCUCUCGUGGUCGGAUGCCGUGUCUGGAUUGAUUAGAGUGCAUAGGGGGCGAUCGAUUGGCUUGGAUCCGUCGAUUUCCGUUCAUCGAUUUGCUGGCAGGGUGAACGGGACGGUCGGGCCUUGGGUUGGCUGCGGAUGCCAUACAGUUUGGGUAGGAGCGGACCACGGAAGCGUGAUCCAUCAUGUGGUUUCCUUUCUGGCGUCCAAGGAAUAGGUUCUCCGUCGACGAGCUCCGAUAUCUCACUGAACAACUGCAGAAAGUUCAAAGUGUGAAUGAACUUAAUCAGGAUUUUGUAAUCGAAGCUUUGAGGUCAAUUGCAGAAUUGAUAACUUACGGAGAUCAGCAUGAUCCUUCAUUUUUUGAAUUCUUCAUGGAGAAGCAGAUCAUGGGAGAAUUUGUAAGAAUUUUGAAGAUCAGCAGACCUGCAAAAGUAGCACUCCAGUUGCUGCAGACCAUGAGCAUCAUGAUUCAGAACCUCAGAAACGAACAUGCAAUCUACUAUAUGUUCAGUAAUGAGCACAUCAACUUCCUCAUAUCAUAUUCCUAUGACUUCCACAAUGAUGAGCUACUGUCAUACUAUAUAUCCUUCUUAAGGGCAAUAAGUGGAAAGUUAAACAAGAAUACAACACCAUUGCUUGUGAAGACACAAAAUGAUGAAGUAGUUUCUUUCCCACUCUACGCAGAAGCAGUUAAGUUUGCUUUUCAUGAUGAAAGUAUGGUUCGUAUUGCAGUGCGUGCUUUGACACUAAAUGUCUAUCAUGUUGGAGAUGAGGGCGUGAACAAAUAUGUUUCUAGUAUUCCCUUGUCUGAUUACUUUCCAAAUUUGGUUAAAUAUUUCCAGAUGCAAUGCAUCAGUUUGGAGGACAGAGUCUCCAAAAAUACUGUUAACCCUGAUUCACAAGAUGCAAUUUCUAGCAUACUUACUACAAUUGAUGAAAUAGAGGACAAUUUGUAUUAUUUUAGUGAUAUUAUAUCUGCUGGGGUUCCAGAUCUUGGGAGAUUAAUAACUGAUAACAUCUUGCAACUUUUAGUUUUUCCAUUGCUUCUACCCUCUUUGAGAAAGCAGAAGACAGGCACAAAAAUUAGCGUCACUACUUCAUUAUAUUUGCUUUGUUGUGUGUUGCGGAUUGUAAAAACCAAAGAGUUAGCUAGUAGCAUUGCUGCAGCUUUAUUCUUUGCUCCGGAAGUCUUCCUUCCAAAAUUAGAAACCACACCUAAUGGCAGUAUCCUGAAGCACCAAGUGUCUCCAGAACAGGGGCAGGAAGUGGAAGAACCUUCAUCUCCAUGUCAUUCAUUUACAGAAAGUAAACAACGACAGGGCUCUUGUUCGUCAUGUUUCACGGAUUUGCCAAAAAAUACCAAUGAUCUGCAUGUUAGCUUGAGGAGAACGUUACUGUCUUUUGUUGUUAGUGGAAAUGAUGUUCAAGCACUUGGCGCUUUGUGCUUUUUAUCUACUUUACUACAAACUAAAGAAUUAGAUGAGUCAAUGCUGGAUGGACUUGGAAUUCUUCCCCAGAGGAAGCAGCAUAAGAGGCUUUUACUACAAGCUUUGGUUGGUGAAGAAUCAGGUGAAGAGCAACUAUUUUCUCCAAGGAAUAAUAGAGAGAGCGAUAAAAUAGAUACGGAGCUAGACAUUUAUCUACAAAAAAUUAAGGAUCAGCAUGUGCUAUCCUAUCUCUUGGAAGAACCUUUAACAAGCCCACACAAACAUAGAUAUGAGGUACUAGAUGCACUGGUCUGCCUUUUCUGCAGGUGUAAUAUAUCUGCUGAAACUCUAUGGACUGGAGGUUGGCUUUUAAAGCAGUUACUUCCGCAUGGAGAGCAAGAAUUUACCCUUGGCCAUCUUCAGAAGCUCAAGGAUUCACAUAGGGACUCCAGUGUCAAUCUCCUUGUAGAAGCCAAAGGAACAUGGUGUGAUAUGCUUUUAACUGUUUUGAAACAUGAGUGGAGGAACUGUAAGAGAGCAAUCGAGGCAUCUUCACCACAUAAAGAUCCCAACUCCAUACUAAUGCCACCACGUACCUUCUCUUCAGGAGGUGAAUCAUCUUUUGCAGAUGGUGAGAGGAUGUCUGAGAUGAUUAAGGUUUUUGUGCUGCAACGCCAACUGCUCAUUUUUUCUUCAGGAGGAUUUCUAGCAGAACAGCCCCCUUUGAACCCUCCUAUGAAUUCUCCUGUAGAUUAUAACGCAAAAACUGAUUAUUUGGAUGUAUUUCCUCCAAAACCUGGCAGUGAAAUAAACUCAGAGAGUGCUCUGCCUUGCAGAAUAGCAUUCGAGAGAGGGAAAGAAAGACACUUCAGCUUUUUAGCUAUAUCGAAGGGAAUGUCUGGCUGGAUUAUUCUUUUAGAAGAAUUGCCACUCGACCAGCAUCGUGGGGUGGUUCGUGUGUCAGCGCCUUUGGCUGGUUCUGAUCCAAGAAUCGAUGAAAAGCAUCCAAAGUGGCUCAACUUGCGCAUCCGUCCAUCCAACCUUCCAGUUCUAGACUCCAAGCACAAUCCCCUUAGUAGGCCGAAAACAAAGGUUUUGGUUGAUGGCAGAUGGACUUUAGCAUUCAGGGAUGAUCAGGACUGCAACUCAGCUAAGUCAAUGGUGACUAAAGAACUGCAUCUGCUACAGAAUCAAGUCGCGGAAACCUUAAAGCCUUUAUUCGAUGACCAUACAAUGAUCUUUUCAUCAAAACCCUUGCACAAAUCCUCCGACGGACUUCUCGAAGAACAGCCAUUAAACACCGGGUGAGAAAUUUUGAAUUAAUGUGAUGGGAAUUUCUUGAGGAUUUGGCUGCACAUAAUGUCAUAUUUUCAUUCACCAAGUGCUUGCCAGAAUUAGUGGCUUUGUUCCCACCAGCUGCAGGCUGCAAACUCUCCAUAACAGUCUGAAGAGUUGGAAACGUUUCCAGCUGACUGCUGCUCUACGGUUAAAUUCUUUGUAUAUUAGUUUUCUAUUUCAAGAUCAGCUUUUAAACUUGAUGCUUUAAUGUAUAAUUGUUGCUCCAAGCUUCAUUCUUUUAACAGGGCCAUGGGGCUUAAUUUGAUUUGUAUAUAUUCUGAUAUAGAAAUAUGAUUCAGUGGUGCA